AUGGCUUUCUGCAUUGCAUCAACCACACGUAUAAUUUCUUCUAUAUCUGUUUGUCAAAACCGUAGAGUAUUACGUAUCUCUAAAAGACCUAGUCGAAGAAUCAGUGUACAAAAACGAGUUCAGUGCAUUGCUAGCCCAGAACUUAAUACUUCAACAGCUGCAAGGCGAUCAGGGAACUACCUACCUUGCGUUUGGGACGAAGAUCACCUAUUAUCCUUGACAAAUGAGUACACGGAAGAAAAAUACAGGAAAAAGAUAGAAAAGCUGAAAGAAGAACUGAUGGUGAUGAUUAAUAAUGUGAAAAGGGACAACUUAUUGCAUCAGCUCGAACUGGUUGACAAUUUACAAAGACUUGGAUUGGGUUACCAUUUUGAAAAUGAGAUUAGCAGCAUACUGAAUAGUGUUCACAGUAACAGCGAUGAUAAAUGGAAAAAGGAAAAUCUAUACGCGACCUCUCUAGAAUUUAGACUCCUCAGACAACACAAUUAUAAUAUUACUGAAGAAGUGUUCAAUAAUUUCAAGGACACGACGGGCAGUUUCAAAGAGUGUCUUCGUGACGAUAUCAAGGCUAUGCUGGCCCUUUAUGAAGCUUCAUAUCAUGGGUUUGAUGGAGAAAAUGUCAUGGAGGAGGCUUGGCAGUUUACAUCUAAAUAUCUGAAAGAGGUUGACACAAAGGAUAUAGACCAGAAUAUGGCAUUGCAAGUGAAGCACGCAAUGGAUCUUCCAAUCCAUUGGUGGAUACCAAGGGUAGAUACAAGGUGGUUCAUAGAUUUCUACGAGAGACUAGAAAAAAAGGACCACCGUCUACUCGAGCUUGCCAAGUUAGAGUACAACAUUGUGCAGGGAAUACAUAUGGAAGAUCUUAAAGAAAUGGCAAGGUGGUGGAAGAAUAGUGGGCUCGCAGAGAAGUUGACUUUUGCCAGGAGUAGAAUUGUAACAUCAUUCUUAUGGGGCAUGGGGAUGGCUGCUGAACCUCAGUUUUCGUACACCAGGAAGAUGCUUACCAUAGCCGUUGCUUUAAUUGCAGUGAUCGAUGAUUUUUAUGAUGUCUACGGUACCUUGCCUGAAGUUGAGUUGUUCACAGAUGCUAUUCAAAGGUGGGAGAUUAAUGCAAUGGAGCAGCUUCCACACUACAUCAAGAUAUGUUUUCUUCGGCACUAUAAUUAUGUUAAUGAAAUGGUUUACCACAUUCUCAAAGAACAGGAUGUAGACGUUUUGCAGAUUCUACGUAAAUCGUGGGCAGGUAGCUUCCAAGCCUAUAUGAAGGAGGCACAGUGGUACCACAGUCAAUAUAAACCAACGCUGGAAGAAUAUAUGAAAAACGCAUGGAUUACCAUAACUGGCCCAACAAUGACACUUGUAGCAUACCUGUCUUCGAAAAACCCAAUAACGGAAAAGGAACUAGAAUAUUUAGAAAGCCAACCGGAUUUAGUAUACUGGGCAUCCAUGGUUUUCCGGAUUCAAGAUGAUAUGGGAACUUCGUCGGAUGAGGUAGCACGAGGGGAUGUUCCUAAAUCAGUGCAGUGUUACAUGAAUGACACUAAUUGUUCUGAGGAAGCUUCCCGUGAGCACAUGAAGCAUCUAGUGAGGCAGAUGUGGAAGAAAAUAAAUUUUUAUAGAGCUGAUAAAGAUUGUCCCUUACCUAAAUCUACGAGAGAAAUGAUAUUGAACUUGGUAAAAACGUCCCAUUGCGUGUAUCUACAUGGAGAUGGGCAUGGCAUUGAAGGCCAGGAGAUUAAGGACGUUCUGUCGUCAUUGUUCUUUCAGUCCAUUCCAUUGUAGGAGAGAAGCAUGUAGCUGCAUUCUCUCCUGAUUGCACGAAAACGAAUAAAUUUAUCUAUAUAUGAUAUAUCUAAAACAAAUGUCAGACAUGUUAAGCAUCUCUUUAAAUAAUACAUAAACUUUGGACCGAGUAAUUAAUUAAGAAACACAUUGAACAAUCUGCUUCCAAUUCCUAUAUAUAGUCUAAUGGUCACAAAAAAUUGCUAUUGUUAAAUAAAUAUGUGUUCUUUUUUCCC